GUGUCAAGUCAAGUGCAACUUACCAUCAACAGCAGCAGCAGCAGCAACAACAACAACAGCAUAAUCAUCGCAAUCAUCACCGUCAUCAUAAUCAUCAUCACCAGCAUCUUCAACAACAUCAUCGUCAUCAUCAUCAACAACAACAACAACAUCACCCUCAGCCUUCUCAGCAGCAGCAUCAACGACACCAACACGAUCAUCCAUACCCUACUCGUCAACAACCGCAACCUCAACAACAACAACAACAACAACAACAACAACAACAAGCAAAACUUCAACAGCACUACAGAUACCAUCAAAGUCAUAACCUACAUCAACAAAGCCGCCAGCAUCAUCAUCAUCAUCAUCAUCAACAGCAGCAUCAACAACCGCAGCAUCAUCUUCUGCAUCAGACCGAUACCAUCGGGAGAAAACUUAAAACUCAUCUUGACAACAACAACAACAGCAACUCCACUGGUUUUAUCAUGAUGCAGUAUAUGCCGUUCUGUUGCGGUCCCGGCAUUAACAGUCCGUCUGCCGGCAUCAGCAGUUCAAAUUCCGGCUCUGCCCAUUCUACAGACGCCUACCAAUACAGACAAGCUGCCGCUGCGGCGGCGGCUGCAGCGGCCGCCGCCGCAGCAGCGUCUGCUGGAACGACAGCAGCGGCGGCGCACGCCAUAUCCGUCCCGGGUGCCAAUGUCGGUUCACCCGCAGCGAACUUCACCAUUGACAAUAUACUGGCCCCUAGGCCUGUCUUCCCAACUCGACAUCCUCAUUACUUUAUUCCGCCACAUGUGUUUCACUUCCACCAGGAUUGUAUGCCAUAUCCAGUACUUUUACCAAAUGUACAAAGCUGCCACAGUUCUGACCAAAUUCCUUUAACAGCCAAACGGAAGCGUCGCCAUCGGACUAUAUUUACUGAAGAACAACUGGAACAAUUAGAAGCGACCUUUCAGACGACACAUUAUCCUGAUGUUUUACUCAGGGAGAAGCUUGCUAUGGAAGUUGAACUCAAGGAAGAAAGAAUUGAAGUUUGGUUUAAAAACAGAAGAGCAAAAUGGCGGCGGCAAAAGAGAGAAGAAUCUCAGAAAGGGACGAUCGAUGGAGACAUGUUGGCAAAUAAAGACGAUUCUAAUGCUUGUAAAACUGAUGAUGAAAGAAUUGAUGUCUUAAGCCUGGAUCCUGUACCAGAAAGUGUUUCCCUCGAUAUGGGAUUAGGACUUCAAGCGUCUGGAGAAAUAUCCAGUACGGCUUCACCAUGACGGAAUGUUGCGAUAUUUGUUUAAUGUGAAAUCUCCUUCAAGCAUUUUGUUUAUUUGAUUGCUUGUUUGUUUUCUUGCUAUUGUUGUUGCUGUUGUUGCUUCAGUCGUGUUCAAGGAAGCACUGAUAUUUUUAUUGAUACCUUUUAAACUUCUCGUAGAGAAGUAACAAUAACUCGUACUGCAGAUGUACUCAAUUACCGAGCAGCUUCUAAUUGGUAGCUUGAUCUGCUAAAAGCAGCAGCAACAUUUUCCUCAAAUCACAUUCUACCAUCUUAAAAAAGAAGGACACAUAUUUGGAUCACAUGGUCCUGGAUAAACACUGCCUGUAAAAUAAAAAAGGAAUAAGACGGGAUGGUCAUUGCUGGAAUAUCUUUGAUCAUAGACCUGCUCAAUCACAGGAUGAACUUGGGCUAAACAACAGCAGCAGCAGCAGCAGCAGCAGCAACAACAACAACAACAACAUCAAAAUAAUUUUCAGUGAGGAAGCAUUUGUUCGAUUAAAAGCUACUUUUGACCUUUAUUUCUGGACAACAUAAUUUAAAAGUAAAAAUGAAAAAAUAAUUAUUAAGUCGCUGGACAGAUUAAACAUGGGAUUAAUUACUGACUUUAUUAUUCCACCCCACCCCCCAGUUCUCUACACCUCCUCAAAUAAAUGAUCUGCUCCGCUUCGCCCUCACAUUAACUUCUCUUCUCCCAUCCCCUCUUGCUUUGAACUAGACACCCAGGCUGGGCCUUUUGUCGCCGACAUAUUUGAAAACGUCCUCUCAAGUGUAUUAAUAGUGGUACGUAUUUUAUGGAGUUUCUUUGAACAAUGAAAACCAAAGGACAUUCAUUAAACGGGGUUUACAUCAAAAUAAGCCGUUCAAUGUUGUAUGUGUUUAUCGAUGUAUAAAGGUGUAUGUAAAUGUAUUUAAAUGAACUGUUUAUCGAGCAACAUACACUGACAAUGAACGAUAUUUUCCGACUAAGCCUUCACAUAACAAAACAACCGUAAACAUAACAAAUAUUAAAACACCAACCAUAACAAUAACAUGACAACAAUAAUAAUAACAAUAACAACAACAAAACCAAAUUAAAUAAAAGAAAUAUUCAGACUAUGAAUUGAUUUCGUAUUGCAAUGGGGGUAGUUUUGCUAUCCUUAUGAAUUUCCUGUCUUUGAAAAAUUCUAACAUAUCCGUUUCUGAGUGGAGCAUACUGUAACAAGGUCACUGGGUACCGUCUAAGCACUGUACAGUAAAGAUAAACUUCUAACGAGCGAAGUUUGCAAAAAAGGUUCUCUUCCUGGUUAAGACAUUUGACUUCGUUCGUUACUCGAGACCUGUGAUUUAUUUCAUUCUUUUUCUUUUCCCACCUUUUUUUUCGUUUUUUGGUUUUUGGUUUCUCUACAUUCAAUAGGCUGAAAAUGGAUGGACAUCCAUCUCCAUGCACCCUACACAAAAAUGACUUGUCUUUCAUAAUUUCAUACAUUAAAUAAAGCCAAGCGAGACUCUUCCUUGGUGAUGUGACCCAAUGACUCAUUAUGAUAUUAUUUCGUUUUGAUUUGAUUUUUUUUCUUUUUUUUUUUUGCGGGAAAUGUAAUAACUGCAUUUGAACUACUACAAGAAAUCGAAAUCAUGAAUCGUGAAUCACAAAUCUGGCCCUAUAGAGGUUUUCCUCCAUGAUGCUCAACUUGGAUAUUGAUAACUACACUACCAAUAUCUAAUAUUUCAUGGAUAUUCUAAUAAAAAUAUCACUUCACCGCAAUCGCUGCAAAUAUUGACAAUAAAAAUAAAUUUUUAAAAAACUCGCAAAAAGUGCAUUUCAAUGGAUAAUUUAAAUAAAAAUAUUUUCCUAAGAAUUGCAAUGAGACAAUGGUAUUCUCUAACUAAUGACCAAGUUUAAUGAAAUGGACGUGUUUAUAUUACUGGUACCUGUAACUAUUCCUCUGCGGGGAAUAAACAGCAAAAAUCAACGCUGGCGUGAUUUAAACUCGGUAAACGAAGAUGAAAAUAAGAACCAAUAUAAAAACGGAAAAGGUAAAGAAGUUGACUGAACGUUUAACCCUCUUUGUCAACAAGCAGCGUAUUCCACGUAUAUGUAUAUAUUUCAGCCAAAAAAAACAAAAACAAAAAAAGAAAUUGUAUUACAAUCACAAAAGAAAACAUAUCAAUGGCUGAGUAAAAGAAAAAAAAAAAGAAUAACACUAUCACAUAAUUGUAAAUAUUUCUUGCAUGAGCACCAGACCAUACAUUGUUGGUGCUGUAUUUUAGCGACUCCUGAGAGACGAAAUGUAAGACAAGCUCACCGGUAUUUGAGCUUAGAGCGUAAAUUAAAUACCUAGAACAAAGUAUUUCAUGCGGCUCUCGAAUCGAUUUUCACCACCCAUUCAACUAUCGGUCACAAUUUGCUUGACCAGCUUCCUAAGCUGUAAUGACGGUAACAACAAACAACAGCAACAACCAAACAGACAAACAAUAAUUACAACAACAGCAACGUGAAUUGUGUGUUUCUAAUGCAGGAAAAAAUUCUGCGCAAUUCUUAAAAUUAUUUGAAGACAUGAAAUAUUAAGAUUUUCUUGAAAAUUGAAACCAAAUUGAAGAAUGAGCGAAAUAUGAUAGCACAAGAACGACAAGAAAAAUGGCAUAAAAGAAAUAAAAGAACAUAUCAGAAAGCAUAAAAGGAAAAAAAACAAAACAAAACAUUAAAACAAGUAAAAUGAGAGAGAGAGAGAGAGAGAGAGAGAG